AUGGACGUAGAGUCACAACCGGGUCCAGAGAUAGACAGGAGUUUCGGAGGAGUUAAUAAGAACUACCCGAUGUUAAUGCGAACUAAGCCAGCGUCUUUGACUGUCUCUCCAAACAAUUUAAGCCAUCUCCGCCGUUCUAUCUCAGACUUCUGUCAAACAUGCAUAACAGACAGGGUCUUGUUUCUGCUUGCAUGGUUCAUUUACAGGGGUACUCUGAGGGACGGGACACAAUUUGACAGCAGUAUCCCUCGAGGAGAACCAUUCGUGUUUACAUUAGGAGUGGGACAAGUUAUCAAAGGAUGGGAUCAAGGACUAUUAAAUAUGUGUGAAGGAGAAAAGAGGAAACUUGUAAUCCCAUCAGACCUUGGUUAUGGGGACAGAGGAGCUCCCCCUAAGAUCCCAGGGGGCGCUACAUUGGUAUUUGAGGUUGAGCUGUUGAAGAUAGAGCGAAAAACAGAAUUGUAAUCAGAUCUUGAACACCAUAUAGCGUGAAGGAAAUCUUCUGAUGUCAGAACUUUUUGAAAAUAAAACUGUCUGUAAGAAAAUCAUAGAA